CUUAUUUCCUUUAAUGUACUUUUAAUUACCCAUAUUAUGAAAUCAACUUCAACUUAUACCACUAUGAUGAGGGUCACUCCUGAUGGAAGACCUUUUGCAAAAGACCUUUAUGAUAUAUUUAGUGCAAUGAUAUUUCAGAUCAAACUUGGUGAUCAUCGUUUUUUAUUUCGAACUUAUUCUACUAGUUUUACAACUGAAUCUAUGAUUGAAGUCCUUGGUCAUUUACAAUUUACUCAUGUCUUACGUCAACCUGAUCCAAACGAUCCUAUCAAACAACUCGAAACAAAAACUAUCACUACUUUCAGUAUGACUCGUACUAUGGCAAAACAACUAGGUCAACAUUUUUUAUCAGCUCGCUUGAUUGAGAAUGCCUCUGAUUCAACUAGUAGAACAAUGAAAGAUCGUGGUAUUUGGACUGUGACAAGUAAAGGAAAAUGGAUGAUUUAUAAUUUUGCUCAACGUGGUCAUGUUGCUUGGGAUGAACAAUCAGCAACCAAUAUCGCUCUCCAAUCUAUACCUGAUAGUACUGUCAUGCUUUUGGAAAGAAGAACUCAUUCACUUCAACAUAUCAAUAAUAAAAAUGGAAAAAAGGACACAGAUGAAUUGACUUUUGAACGACAAAAUAUGACAGAUGCUUUUCGAUUGAUGAUGGAACAUUUGGAAACUUCACAAUUACUAGCUGAUGAUGUUGGUGGCAUUGAAACUCAACAAAUGAUAACCUUGACUCAUACCUUCUUUGGUUAUCAUGUCGUAGAAUUCAUUAUGCAAUGUAUGUCUGUAGUCAAUCGUCAAGAAGCCGAAAUGGUAGCCUCAGAAUUCGUUUUAUAUGGUUGGAUCAGUCAAGUAUUGGAUAAAAGUGAUCGUGCCAACAAUGUCAAAAAUGAUAUCGUCUUCAAGUCUCAACGAAAUGUUAUCUAUACUUUGACUGAUCGAGGUCGCCAUGCUCUUGGUUGGGAUGUUACUUGUUUGUCUUCUUCUUCUUCUUCGUCUUCUUCUGCUACUACUACUGCUUCUACUACUGGCUUGGUUACUCCUCAUAUCAAAUCAUCUGCAUCAUGCUUCUCCUUGUCUCCUUCUCCUGUAUUGACUUCUUCUAUGUCAAUGACUCAAGAUCAUCAACAUCAAAAAUCUACACCCGCAAUUCCAUGUACUUUAUCAGAUACGACAACUUCAAGUCUAUCUACGCCAUCUCCUAGUACCACAAAAUCAACGACUGCUUCUUUAACAACAUUUAUGUCUACACCUUCUACUCUCACCACUUCCCCAUCAUACAUUCGUCUACAACCAAUAUUAGAAGAUCCUUUGUUACGCAUGUACUUUCGUGAAUUUCUCAAGCAGAACUUUUGUGAAGAAAACUUGAAUUUUUGGGUGGACUACAGAAAUAUGCUUUACCAUCAUCAACAACAUCAGCAACAAAAAUCGACAAAUAGCAAGAACAACAAUUCAAUCGAUAGCUCACAUAGUGACAAAAUUACCAUGGAAAACAGCAGCAACAAUAUUAUGGAUUACAAUAGGGUGUUAUCAGAAUGUUAUGCCAUCUAUGUCACUUAUCUUGCUCCUCAAUCUACCAUGGAACUGAACAUUGAUCAUAAUUUACAUCAAGAUAUUCUUCGUUUUGUGGCAGAUACAUUCAAGGUACUUCUCAAUAAUGGCCAUGGAAACACCAUGAAUAAUAGUGGAAACAACAACAACAACAAUAAUAGCAACAGCGGUGUCAGCAGUCAUCAUCAUCAUCACCAUCAUCAUCAUCUUCCACCUCAACAAUCUCUUCCCUUCUUUUAUACACCAACACAUCCAUCACAAGAACAACAGACAAUCAUUAUGGUUCAUGGAAAUCGUAGUCAAUGCCUUAAAACUUUACUUGCAAAAUACGAACGUGUACAUGAUCAAGUAUGUCGUACCAUGGCUGAAGACUCUUUACCUCGAUUUUUAAAAUCAUCUCGGUACCUCCAAUGGCAACAACGACAAAAGGAACUACAAGACCUUGGACAACAAGAAAUAGAGGAUUACAACCAAAAUAGAAAGGAAUCUUUAGUUUCUAUAGAUGAUUCAUUCUAUGACGAUGCUCUGGAUGGGGCUGAUCAGAUAAUGGAUACAACGAAAUAUUCGAUGGAAAUGGAAGGCAAGGACACAUUCUCUCAUCAAGAUAAAGAAAAGGUCAGCAAUAUGCAUCAUAUGGAUGAGGAUACUAGUUUGCAAAAGGAAUUGGAUCGUCUGACCGUGACUGGUGUGGCAACAAUGACAACUACUACAACAACUACUUCUUCUUCUACUGCUACCUCAUCUCCAAUUUUCUCCAAAUAGAUUUUUAUUUGAAACGAUUCCAUUCUAUCAUUCCCUCCUCUUUUUAUAUACAUGUAUGAUUUCCUUUCUUGAUUAUAUUCCUUUUUUAUGAUAUGACCCCUCUCUAUAGAGUACUCUUUUUUUUUUUUUUAUGUAUAUGAUA